AUGUCCGUAUCCUUAUAUCUGUGUCCCAGGUUCGGCAUGAAAGAAGUUCCAAAGCAAGAAAAACCUUCAUUACCAAUACCGAAAUAUAUUUGGGAUAUUUAUGAUCAAGUAAAAAAUGAGAAUAUUGAAUGGGUUCGACAUUAUUACCCACAGAGGAUUAUGGAGAGCAACGAAGGGCUUUUAUAUCUUCGUUAUAAUCUUUCUGUAUCCGUGCAAAAUCUAACAGAUGAGCGCAUUAUGCAUGCUUAUCUCAAACUUAAAUUGAAUCAAGGUUUUACAAGAAGGCAGGUGAAAGUUUAUGAAAUUGAUCAGCGAAAUACCGAUGUACGACGAGUCAUCAACUCAAAAUUCAUUGAUGCAAACCCUAAACAAAAUCAUCAAUGGGUUGAUUUGGAAGUAUCAGCUGCACUGGUCCGCAAACGUCCCAAUAAGAAUAUGGUAGAAUUUGCUAUCGAACUCUCAGACGGUAAACUUAGUUCGACACCUUCGUCAUCAAUAACAUCUAUAUCAGCCAUGCCCUAUAGUAAAACACAAGCAGCUGCUCUUAUUGUCUACGUUGAAUCUAAGGAUGCCGCCAGAAAAGUGAGGAAAAAGAGGCGAGCAGGCAGUAAGAGGCGCCAUCAACACCGGAAGCAUAAUCACAGGCUGACUGGGCCGGAAAAAAAUUUUUGUAGGAGGAAAGAACUUCAAGUCAAUUUCAGUGAGUUGAACUGGCAAGACUGGAUUCUCGCACCAUUAAGCUAUAGCGCUUACCAAUGUCAAGGAGACUGUCCAAUUCCGUUGAGCAAUCAUUUUAAUGCAACAAAUCAUGCAAUUAUACAAGGGCUGAUCAAUUCGAUAAAUCCAUCUUUAGUACCAGCACCUUGUUGUGUACCUGUCGAAAUGCAGUCAUUAGCUAUUCUUUAUGUUGAUGUUGAAAGCAAAAUUGUUAUAAAAAACUAUCCUGAUAUGGAGGUGAUGAGUUGUGGAUGCCGCUGA